ACACUUUACACGCUGAAACACACACACAUACAUGCGCACAAACAUCAGCCGGAGGCUUCAGGACCACGGAUUGGAGCACGUCUCGAUCUUCUGGCUGUGCCGUGUGUGAGUUUGAGACGACCGGAGCGUCAUGUCAGAGCCGUUUGACUGUGAAAGCUGUAAAGAGUCUCUGUACGGGCAAAAAUACAUCCAGGUGGAUGACGUCCCUCACUGCGUGCCUUGCUAUGACCGGCUGCAUGCUAACACCUGCCACGAGUGCAAAGAGCUGAUCGAACACAACUCACGGGAGCUGUAUCAUGAGAACAGGCAUUAUCAUGAGCAGUGUUUCCGCUGCUCGCGCUGCAGUCGAUCACUGGCCGAAGAGUCCUUCACCUGUCAGGAAGAUGCUCUGGUGUGUAACGAAUGUUACUGCAAUGAGUUUUCUUCUAAUUGUGUGGCCUGCGGGAAGACUGUGAUGCCAGGCUCUAAGCGGCUGGAGUAUGAAGGCUGUGUGUGGCAUGAGGAGUGUUUUGUUUGCUGUGGAUGUGAGCAGCCUAUCGGCGCCCAGUCCUUUAUUCCCGAUAAGGAUGAGUAUUACUGCGUGCCCUGUUAUGAGGGACGAUUCGCCCCGCGCUGCGCCCACUGCAAACAGACCUUGGUUCAGGGUGGUGUUACGUACAGAGAUGAGCCCUGGCAUAAAGAGUGUUUCCUGUGUACGGGAUGUAAAGUUCAGCUCGCUGGACAGCCUUUCACCACACAGGGUGAAGAUCCAUACUGCGUCAAGUGCUUCAGCAACUUGUAUGCCCAAAAAUGUGCGGCCUGCGAAAAACCCAUCACAGGUUUCGGAGAAGGGAAGUACGUCUCGUUUGAGGAGCGUCAGUGGCAUAAGCUGUGCUUUAAGUGCUCCGUGUGUUCGCUGUCUCUGGUUGGUGCUGGAUUUUUCCCUCAUGGAUCAAUGAUUCUCUGCAAAGGUUGCAAUACCAAAAAACUGUUUCAGAUUGUUUGUGAACAGACCAUUGAGUAAUUACACAUUUAUAUAUUGUCCAUGAUUUAUAUAUUAAAUGUAUAUGCAAGUUUUGGUGUAACGCUCUCUCAACUCUUCCUGUUAAACAAGGUUCCUGCAGGUUUGAUGAAACAAGUCAAUACGUUCUUGGCAUGUCAAUUUAGAGGCACACAGUAGCCGCGUUUCCACUAUCGCACCUAAAGCGAGCGAGCCAGGGCGAGCCAAGGCCAGUCGCGUUUCCACUAUCACUUCCGGGGCGUAAUCGGGCCAAAGCGGGGCUUCCUUGGGGCCAGCGUCCGGCCUUUUUCGGCCCGCCGAAUACCUUGGGCCAAGGAGGGCCAACUGGGGCUUCGGGGCGGGGUUACGUACAAAGGCGGAGUUUUCCUGUCAGGUAAAGAGGAGACAAGAUGCUUUCUUCCCUUACAUUUGUUUUGCUAUCGCGCUUGAUCAACUCACUAAGAAGAAGAAAAAAUGGAUAGCAGCCAAAAUCUGUGUUCGAAGUAAAUGCCGCCGAACUCGAAUGUCCUUAUCCAGGGAUCGCUGUCUGGCCUUACACCAACAGACCACAAACAGUAAAAAAGCAAUCGCUUCGAUGUUCUCCAUCUUCCAGCUCUCGUAGUGAUGCCAGGUUGUGUUUGUGGUUAUAAUUUGAGUUUUUUGUUCCUGCUGAAGUGGGCGGGUUGUGUGACGGGUUGUGACGUUUGAUUCGGGGGACGUUCUGGGGGCGGUGUUUGCGUGACGUGCUGUGAGCAACUAGCCCGACAGUGGAAACGCGACAUGAUUUCGGCCUCAUUUCUCAACCUCCCGGGCUAUUGGCCCGGCCUGGCCCGAUUAAAGCCCUGGCUCGCACUGGCCCGAUAGUGGAAAUGCGGCUAGUGACUUCUAAUUAUAUUGAAUGCAUAUUCCCAUAAAUAAAAGGUUUGAAUAACUCCAAUAAUAAACAGAUUUUACUGUAACUUCAUAUUACACUGCAAAAAAAAUUGUUUUUCCUAUGUAUUUUAGGUUUAUUUUCCAGUGAAGAUAUGAUUUCAGAUUCUUAAACCAAGAUUCAUUUAAUUGGGAAGCAAAAUGAUAACACAUUGUCUUGUUUUUUCGUAAAACGGAUCAAAAUGAAGCAGAUUUUCAAUUGAAGCAAGAACAAAAAGCAGCCAAUAAUCUCAGAAUUUCAUUCAUUCAUUCAUUUUCUUUUGGCUUAGUCCUUUUAUCCAUCAAGGGUCGCCACAGAGGAAUGAACCGCCAACUUAUCCAGCAUUUGUUUUACACAGCGGAUGCCCUUCCAGCUGCAACCCAGUACUGGGAAACAUCCAUACACACUCAUUCACACAUAUGCACUACAGUGCUAUUUAGCUUAUCCAACUCACCUAUAGCGCAUGUGUUUGGACUGUGGGGGAAACCGGAGCACCCACACCAACAUGGGGAGAACAUGCAAACUCCACACAGAAACUCCACACUCAGCUGAGACUUAAACCAGCGACUUUCUUGCCGUGAGGCGACAGUGUUAACCACUGAGCCCCCAUGUUGCCGGUCUCAGCGUUUUUUUUUAAACAAAUUCUCAGAUAUUUGUGUAACCUUAUAAUAAACAUAAAUUUACUUAACUGUGUUAAUUUUUUCGGGAACCAUGACUCCAUUCUCCAUUAAGCAUCUUAAGAAAAUGCAUCUUGAUUUAGGGAUGUUUAGAAAUUUGUAUUGAGGAAAAAAUACUGAAGCAAGAUAUUCAUAUUUUGCAGUCCAUUCAACAUUUAAUGCCACAAAUUAAUCAAUUUAAACCUUUCUGCUUUGAUUCAAGACAUUAUAAAAAGGAUGAAUUUGACAUUUUUCCUCUCAUCAUUGCAGUACUUUGCAGUUUUAAUUCAACAUUUGAGUAAUUCUCAUAUUUACUUAAACUGCUUCACAUUCCCUUCAUCAGCAACAUUCCUCAAUGUAUUAUACAUUUUACCAUUAUUCACACACUGACCCAAAUGACUGCCAAUAGUGAAGGUGUGUUUAAUGAGGCAUUGAGUUCAAGGACUGAAAAGAUGAUGUUUGUAUGAAACAGUGAGUUUUACUGCACUCUUGUAAUGCACCAAUGCAUGCUUUAUAUAAUUUUCACAUUAAAUAUUCAUAUAUUAAUUUAUAUUUCUUUCAUAAUAUGUUUGAUAUUUGAUUGUAUUUUUUUCAUAAUAAGAACUUUCUGUAAAACUGCUCCUGCUGUUGUAAUUCCUCUCAUAAAAACGCUUGUAACGUUAAAAAAUAAAAUACUUAAAGGUUCAAGUGAUCUUUUCCCCUUCUUCCAAAAAUAAA